AUGGACUCUUGCGAGGCCUCCUGCUUGUAUGGCUACAACACGGUGGCCUACAGCGGCAACUUCACCUGUGAUGCCAGCGGCGCCUGGGCCGGUGAAAUCGAGUGCGAGCGCGUGACGUGUGGGUCCGUUUCAAGCCUUUUGUCUAGCAACGUGCAGCUGACCCCUGGGUCCAGCACCUGUGCCGACGGCAACAACAGCUGUGUCUCCGCCAGCGUCACCUGUGCUCCUGGCUACGAGCGCGCAUCUGGUAGCAGCACGUACAGCUGCGACCUUGAUGGUCAGUGGCGUGGUGGAUACACUUGCCGCCGCAAAAACUGCGGCUCCUUCAUUCAGAAUCUGGAUGACAAUGCGUCCCACCAACUCUGCACCACGACCUACUACGGUCAGACAUGCACGGCCUUCUGCAAUGCUGGCUAUCAGCCGGUGAGCGGCACGUCCAGCGUGUUUACCUGCGGCGUCAACGGUGUGUACGAGGGCAACCUGCAGUGUGCUCCGAUCUCUUGCGGCAACCUGACGGACCUACCCGAAGGGGCCACGGCCAGUUGCUCAGACUCGAGCUACCUGGCCACCUGCACAGCCACGUGCGAGGGGGACUCAGUUGUCGAUGGCAAUGCAGAUUAUUAUUGCUCGGCCACUGGCGAGUGGAUUGGUGGCUGCAACUUUGCCUGCCUGAACGUUUCUGGCUACAGCGAGUUUGAUGCCUCAUACUAUGCGUACGUGUCGACAUCCGUCACCCAGCCUGAGGCUCAAACCGUGUGUGAGGCCGAUGAUGCCAACCUUGUGUCGGUUGACUCCUUGGCUGAGAACAGCUUUGUGCACGGCCUGGGCGCCCCGAACCAGGCACGUUGGUUGGGUGGCAUCGUUGAUUACAGUGGCCCUGACGACUAUGCCGUCACCUGGGCCGAUGGCAGCUCUUUUGAUGUGUCCAUGACGGACAUGUGGCUCCCUGGGCAGCCCAAUGGAGAUGGCUCGUGCCUGGCUCAAGGCCAGUUGACCAACAACCUGCCCAAUGUGUCCAGCCUUUGGAACGAUGUGCCCUGUACUACCUCUCUGCCGUUUGUGUGCGAGAAGGCACCCGAGCUCUCGCAGGAGCAAUGCGUUCCUGCCUACGUUCUGGUGUACCGCUCCGAGGGUGUGUCAGACCCCAACGGCUACCGCUUUUCCACUGCGUUCAAUGUUGCUGCUCGCGUCUUCGCGUUGACCUUUGGCAGUGAAAUUUCAUCGGCCGAGGCCCUUCGCGACUGCAGCGAUCAGUGCGAUGACCUGACCUCAUGCAAGGGAUUCUUCUUGCAAACGGUUGCAACCGGAUACCAAUGCUUCGGCCUGUACGAUCUGGGCACGGGCGAGCGUACGAGCGCCACUGGCAGCAGCUACGCCAAGUCAGGAGUCGUCAUCACCACCACCACGACCACGACCACGACCACGACCACGACCACUACCACGACCACGACGUCGACUUCCACGACUUCCACGACUUCCACGACAACCACGACGAGCGCAAUGGUAACAACUGGCAGCGGUGACGACGGCAGCGGUGACACUGGCAGCGGUGACACUGGCAGCGGCGAUGGUACGACCGUGCCACCCACCAGCACGAGUGGCCCCGUUACCAGCACGACCACGCCAAUCACGUCCACUUCCAGUGACCCUACCCUUCCUCCCACGACCACGACCACCUCAACCACGACCACCUCAACCUCGACCACCUCAACCUCGACUACCACUUCCACAACGGCCAUGAGCACCACUCCGGGUCCCACCGACGUGACGGAUAUCCUAUGCGCCGAUGCCGCUGCGCUUGAGCUCUUCGACAUUGAGUACACAUCGGGCAACCUACCUUGUGCGUCAGGCGCCGACGUUCGCUACCGUGGCGCUUAUAGCUCGUUCUACAAGCUGGGCUUCUAUCGCAGUCUGGCGGCGUGUGUGGCGGCGUGCGAACGAACGCUGAUCUGCCGAAAUGUGUAUGCUUGGGUGGAGGAUGGCAACGUGCUUUGCCACACUUUGCUAGCCGUCGACUCCAGUCCUUUCCCCACAUCGGCCAACAGUAUCUCUCUGACUCGCCGCACAUAAACAAUACAUUUUUCGGGGCUAUAGCCAUGCAGCCCUUCAUCUGAGUCAUGUCUCUCCCACCUCUUGACAUGCCUCGUCUUUCACGCUUUUGUUUUUAUUCCUCAGUUUUUUCUCUUCUUUUCCUUCACUUUUCUAGGCUGUGUUGUUUGUAAAUCUGGUGUUUCUUCUGGAAUUGAAAGGCAU